AUGGACGUCUCUGCCGCUCCCCCGCUGGAUUCGUGGGAGAACAGAGAUCACCGCCGACCCGAGGAGACUGACGUCGAAAUUACUACUCGCCCAUUGACUGCUAAUGUGGCUCGAACAUCAUCCAUUGCGUCCAAACAUGGCGCCGGAAAAUCACACGCACCACGACCGCCAGCCGUCGUGGUCAAGCGCAAGGUGAAGAAGCGCAAAACGAAUGAGGUUAAUUCCGGACCCUGCGCGUGGAUUGUGAAGCAUCAAAUUGGCCUCUCCACCACUCUGCUCCUCGCACUCGGCUUGGUACAUUUUGCAAUCCCUAGCGCGCGGCCACACACGCGCAAGUUCUUCGAUCUAUCGCAUUACAACCCGACCUCGGGCCAGUAUAACCGCGGAUGGGACGAUGUUUAUUUUGUUGGUUUCUGGAUUGUGCUGUUUACUGGUCUGCGAGCGGCGGCCAUGGACUAUGUCCUUGGACCUAUUGCGCACCGGAUGGGAAUCAACAAAGAUAAAGAGAUUGUGCGCUUCGCCGAACAAGCGUGGAUAUUUAUAUACUAUGUCAUUUUUUGGUCUUUGGGAAUGCACCUCUGGUACGACUCGGACUACUGGCUGAACGCGGCUCAGAUGUGGAAAGGUUUUCCGCUUCUCGAAAUGGACGGCCUGCUCAAAUGGUACUAUCUCGUCCAAUUUGCCUUUUGGAUUCAACAAAUUGUGGUGGUCAACAUUGAAGAGCGCCGCAAAGACUACCACCAAAUGUUCACGCAUCACAUUGUCACCUGCAGUCUCAUCGCUGGCAGCUAUUCCUACUAUAACAUGCGAGUCGGCAACGUUAUCCUCUGUCUCAUGGACGUGGUGGACUUUAUCCUUCCGGCUGCCAAGAUGCUCAAAUACCUUCAACACCACACGCUCUGCGACUUGACCUUUGUCAUCUUCAUGAUCACCUGGUUCAUCGGACGACACGUCAUGUACCCUAUGGUCUGCUGGUCCAUUGCGUUUGACGUGCCCCGCCACAUGCCAUAUGGGUGCUACUCCAGUCAAACCGGCCAACUCCUCUCUCCGCUAUCCACGCCUUCCUCACCAUCUCCCUUUAGUGCCGCCCAAGAAAAUGGCUUCUUGAACAAUAUUUUCCAACCCUUUGUCAAUCCCGACGGACCCGUCUGCUUCAACCCGAAAAUCAAAUGGACCUUUCUGGCCCUUCUCCUCUUCCUCCAGGUCAUGGCUCUCGUUUGGUUCGGCAUGAUUAUCGGUGUAGCUGUUCGCGUCCUCCGGGGCGGCAGCGCCGAAGACUCGCGCAGCGACGACGAGGGUGAGGCAGAAAUCGAUGAAGAAGAGGCAAGUAUCCAGUAUGCCGACGGCAAAAAGACAAUCUCCACCAAGACCGCCAUGGACGGGCUACCCGUCACCGACGAAAAGGGACAUGACAGAAUGCCAGCAGGAUCCAUGGUCUCCGCUGCCAGUCACACGCACGAGCAACCGCUGCUCGAGCAAGAAGUCGGUGUCGAAGAUCUCCACUUCCGUGGCCGACGGUACGGUUCUUCUUCCACUUCUUCAGCGUCCAACAUUGCGCGUCUCGGAACAAAGUCUUCCUCUUCAUCUUCUUCUAUUGUUUCUUCUUCUGCGAAUACUCCCUCUUUAUCUGCUUCUUCUUCCUCAUCAUCUUCUUCUUCUGGCGCGUCGUCUUCGGGAGUCACCCUGCCCGCGGCAGUGGGCGGGCAUAGUUUGGAUCGCAAGGAGUUGCUUGGACGUAUUGGCUGCGAUAAAACUUCUUGA